AUGCCGUUGCUUGCGGAGCGUCCGCGCUCAUCGCAAGAGGCGCUCCUCCGCCUCGAGAAAGGCACCGCCAGUCCGACUACCCAGAUUCAUGAGGCGGCACAGAUUCUUGGUAUAGAUUUGACUCUUUGUGAAAGUCACCCGGAGGUUCACCGAGAUGUUCAGAUCAAAAACAACGCUACGCCGAAGGAGGAAUGGGUUUUACGAUGGCUUUUGAAAAGACUGAGGAGUGGGAAGAACUAUAGGGUGGAUGCGGCUUCAUAUCUUUUGCUACGACAAUUGAUCGACCUGAUUUCGCCCAAGAAUCUCGCUGCUAUUCUCAAGGACCAAAAGUUCAUUUCGAUUCUAUGUGAUACCCUCGAAGAUUUGGAGGCUGACAUCUUUGCCGGUCUGGGGAAUGAACUUGCAACCCUAAGCUCUGAUUCUGAGUCUAGCAACACCCUGUCUGGAACCCCGCCCAGUGAUGAUAGCCGAGGAAACAAAGGGAAAAAAAGAAAGAGAAUGACGACCGAGAAUGAUGCAGACGCCAUGGACGUGGAUGUGGACGAGCCCCGGCAGAACCCCGCAGCAUGCUUCCUCGCCUUCAUUCGCGCUCUAGACUGUCUAUACGGAUUUGUGGCACUAGCGCAACGCACAUUAGGCACCGAUGGUGUGGCAAACUCCCAUUUGAAGCUUGCGCUGAGGGGUGAACCCGAACCUGUCGCCAUGUUUCUGGGUCGAUCUUUCCGAGUAGCUGCCGUGGCUGCCAAGCAGUUUUCGCACGAGGGGAAAACAACUGAUCUUCAACACCUGCUCUAUGUGUUCCCCUCGGCUGUGGAAUUGUGGGAAUCGAGAUCCUACCGUCAAGACGAUACGGACAAUAAAGCCAGCAAUGAGUUUUUCGCGAGACAUUGCUUCGCCCACGCCCUCAGAUUGCAGAUCUGCCUUCGAUCCGCCAAGCUUGACACAGAUGAGCGAGCCCAUCUUCUACAUGCCAUUGAACGUAUCAAUGCCCUUCAUGUCUUGCUUCCAGCUCGUGCGGCGUUCUUUGAGCGCGGAAGCUCUGGUAUCGAUUAUUCUCAAGAGGAGCCUGAUUGGAGCUCCGUCAAACCAGUGACCGAUACAUUCAGACCCAUCAUCCGCGAGUUUGCUGUGGCUAAGGAAAACAAAGCAGCCAACGAUGCUUGUAUUCAUCCUUGGCGAUCAGUGGAGCUUCUUCCUGAGCUUUUCGAUAACGCUGUGCGUGCUGUCCCGAGAGAUGUGUUCCGAAGACAGACUCACGAAGCUCCAUGGUUGGAGACCUUGUUUGUUGCUGUUGCAGAGCUGGCAUUUUCUACUGCAAAGGAAGAAGAUUUCGCUACAUUCUCUUCCAAGUUCAUCUCGGUAUUGGAGCAACUCCUCCAGGUAGCUCUCGACAGAAAAGUCGGUCUUUCUCUUCACACAAUUCUGGCUCAUGCCAACUAUACUGGUCUUUUCGAACAAGGCCUUGAGAAAGUUCAGUGGAAUGUCACAGCUCUGUUCAUCAGUCUUGGUGUCGAUAUCUUCCUACCAAACUCCGGUUUGCGUGAUUCGCGCAAGCUUCUUGAUGCAUUGCUCGAGAAGAUCCUAUUACAGUGGCGCGAAAGCGGUACUAGGGCUCGGAAGGACUACGAUACAAUCAAGAGCAAGGUUUUGCUGCCACUUUUGCGAGGCUUCGCUGCGGCAAGAGAUCUGCCCAAUUUCAUGGAAUUGUGGCACAACCAACUCGUCAUUGUGGAGGAGGCUCGCCAGGAAACCCCUAAUCUGAGUCUAUUCUCUGUCUGGGAAGAUGAUGACUUGUCGGAUAUUUACUCAGAGCUGAUGCGGACUUCCCUCGCCGAGUCACAUGUUGCUGCCCAGAUGCGUACUGCUGCUAGCGAGACCCGAGCCGAUAAUGGCAAGGUUGCCGCAACUCCCCUGUCUUACGCAAAAUUCGUCAUCGUGGAGGCAAGCUUCCGUGGCCGAGUUUCGCAGUUCCCGGAAUCGGACCAGAUCUUGACUACUCUUCUAGAGACUAUCACCUCAACUCUGUCGUCCAAGCAGGCCCUGCACUGGCGAUGGCGUCUGUGGCGGCUGGUUCGGAAUCUUCUGGAGAACACACUGGAAUCGGCCGAUAAUACCAUGACAAAUGCAGUCUUGUCACUGGUAGAAGUUGCCGCAAAGACCAUUCACCGCAACCACAAGGACCUGACCAAGGUUCAACUUGCCUCGCUCGAGUCAUGGGAGGCUUACCGGUUCGCAAUUGCUGCUCUCAAGGCGCAAGCUAGUGGUGAGCAGCUCAGCUCGUUUGUGAAAGCCACCAAGGAUGUCACAAACCUCAUUACUUCCAUUUCAGCCAAGGAUGCCAAGAAGUCGAUGAAGGCACCUUGGAACGGCCGGACAGAUACUGUGGAUUCUCAAACAACACUUGGCCUGGCUUACUUCCUGGCCCUUGUCAGAGUCCCAGAAGUUUGGAGUCUUAUUCCUGCCGAUGACCGAACACGUCUGUUCCAGCACAUUCUGUCCCUGGCAGCUGCUCAAUAUCAUUUGUCCACAUUGCCCUUGGAGGCUGUUGCGGAAGAAGCACGGUUCCUCCAGGCGUGGGCGAGUGUGGUCUGCCACGAAUAUAUGCUCAAUGCUCCGUUCAUUGUCUCUGAUCUUUCCCUUCUGCUCAACGAGAGCAUCGAGCAAGAUCCCUCCAAUCGCCGACUGCUUGUCGAGAGCUUGCAGCGGAUUCCGGCUCCGUUGAUCACCCGAGGACUGAGAACCGCCAUCUUGAACAAGUUGCAAACCGUUCUGCUUCAACAGGAUAACUCUGCUGAAGUUAUGGUUGGAAUUCUGACGAUGAUGGCCAAGUUGGCCGCCAUGCCCAAAUGCGAUGCCACACUGACCAGCGACUGGGAGCCUAUCUGGACUGCCGCUCGAGCCCUCCCAUUGGAAGGCAAUGAUCUCGACCUUCAGAUCAUGAAAGCAUUCCGUAGCCUAUACCGCGCGGUAUUGUCCAAGCUCCUGGGUCUGUCGGAAGAGGACCGCAACAAGCUGUUCAAGAAACUUUUCACACGGGCUUCAAAGCAAGCCUCGAAAAUGAGACAAGUGGAGCGUGACUCCAUGACUUGCUUCCUUUUGCGGUUGACUUUGUCAGAACUCUGGAUCCACCGCAAGCAACUGCAGACAGCCUUCUCGGAGAAGGAACUGGCUGACUGCCGCGCAAAGGUGUUUGACUUUGUGUUGGCUGACAUGAAAUAUGUCAAGGACCAGUGCAGAAAGCAGAAGAUGGAGGAGACAAUCACUCUGAUCAAGACCAUUGAUGCUCUUGAAGACUUUGAAGAUCUGGCCACCAACAACAUCGAAGUGGAGAAGUUCUUGUCCAAGAUCGAGAAUUACAUGGAGAUGACUAUUGAUUCGGGACCGUCGCGAUUAAUCCGACGCCGUCUUCUUGCCAGCAAGGGACCAGAGAAGAGCAUCGCUCAGCCUGUCCUCCAAUGCGCUGAGACCCUCUCCCUGCAAUCCCUCUACGCCGAGGACCAGCAACUCUUCAUCCGAUCCACCACUGAACGCUUCCGCUCUAUGUCCGUGGAGAAGAUCACUCAAACAAUCUGCGAAGUCCGAGGACUUGGCUUGAUCGGUGAAAACGCCGGCUACAGGCUUCUCGUCCUCUACCUCGCCGUUUCCUCCCUCUCCCCCGUCGAAGACAAAGAGAGCGCCACAGCACGAGAAAUCUCCCUCCUCUGCACCUCCCUCGCCGAGGCAAUCCCGCAAAGCACAAGCAUCGACCAAUUCUGCUUCGCAUGCGAAUGCCUCGACCUCCUCCUCCGCAACCAAACCCGCAGUCUCUCCCAAUGCAACAUCGACAGCAUCCUCGCCGCCAUCGCCAGCGCCUCCUCCAAAAUCGGCCCACAGAUCUCCCCAGCCUACGCCCCAACAAUCUUCACCCGCCUCUGCCGACUCAUGGGCGUCGUCCUCAGCCUCCAACGCCUGAAGAUCGGCGGCCGCUUCCACCUCGUCGUAAACGCCAUGCAACGCCUGCUAGGCUGUCUCUUCGCGCGCUCCCGCAAACGCGGCCGCACCGCCCGCCAGACAACCCUCUCGCAGCCCUUCUGGCUCGCUCCCCUCGACGCCUCCCACGCAACCUUCUACACCCGUCUCCUCACCUCGCUCUGCGACCCCACCGUCUCCGCCGUCCUGCGUCCCCAACCCGGUGCCUCGCGCGAGGCCCUGACCGACCAGACCAAGAAGGCGAAGCGCAUCGCCGGCCAGUACCUCCAGUACGUCGUCAUGGAGUAUGCGCAGUGCUCGCUGCGCGGGUCGCUGUCGCCGGAUGUCAAGGCUGCCGUCAUGCCUGGUCUUCAUGCGGCUCUGGAUGUUAUGUCGAAGGAGUCUAUGCGUGCGCUUAACGCUGCGCUGGAUGUCUCUGGUCGUGCGGUGUUCAAGUCUCUCUAUGAUGACUACGUGAAGUUUGGAAAGUGGAAUAAGGGUUGA